AAAAAACUAACCAAAGCAGAAAACCGACGUGCGUGCUUACCGUACAUUUACCAUUUUUUCAAACGAGUAGAAACAUUUUUGGCGUGCGCACUUUGAGCUGACAUCAUUUGAAUCUCCAUUUAAAACACUUGGAUCAAUUUUUUGUACGACGCAUGCUAUUGUUAUUGCAAGUAAAUUUGAGCUUGCGAUCUACCAUUUGUAAAACUAGAGGAAAAAUUGACCCGAUUUAUCACGCAACACGACUUAUCACGACACGACAUAGUUCUCUAAGAUGACGGAAGUGCAUACUUUGAGGAAGCCGACUUUGAACCCCACUCGGAACUAUGACUUUCUCUACGACCCCGUGUAUCAGUCUGCGAGCCAAAAGGACCACAGCCGGGAUCUCUUCCGGUCUCAGACCAAGUUCGACCGCAUCAAAAAGAAUCCUGUGUAUCCUAGUAUGUUCAGCGAGUUGCGUCACUUUCCACGUGCUACAAUUACCAUGGACCCAACUGACCCUGUGCCUCGCUUCGUGUCCAGACAGUGGAAAGGGUAUGCCGAGCAGGCCAGAGACGCUCUCGUACAGUAUAAGACUCUGAAUUACGACGCUUCUGUGAAUCUUCCCCCUCAGAAUUAUCCACAGGUGGACGUGGGAGGCGCGGAAAGGGCUAAAUUCUUCCGACGGCCCAUAAUUCCCUUCAUGCAAGCCGUACCCCCCGAAGUGCUUCUCGCGACCACAACUGUGGACCCGCUGGCUCCUCCGGAACUACAAGUGCCCCGUCCCCCCACCCCUCUGAAGAGAACAGUGGCUGUGCAGACUAUCUACCGGGACGGGGAGGCCCAGACGGAUCCCUACUCACCCGAGUAUGUGAUCAGACCUGGAUCUGCACCGGAAUUGCUCACUUUGGCUACUUUGUCUUAUGAUCACGGUCUGCCGGCCGGACUGGCGGAGGUGGAGAUGAUUGAAAGGGCAAGGGCCAAGAGACAGUGGGAGGCUCAGCUGCCCCAGUUGCACGGGGACGAGAAGGAGUUGGACAAGCGACAGCGGAUGAUGGACGAGAUGGAAAGGGCAGAGUGGCAACUGAGGGAGGUCGAGAUCGAGAAAUUGCAGGAGGCGCGUCUGGAGCUGCUGAAGCAAAUGUUGAAAGAGAGGGAAGAGAAUCACAACCAGCUGACUUCAAAGAGACUUGACAAACUGUGGAGCGACAAACAGCAGACGAGAGACGCCAAGGUCAAGAAGAUCCGCAACGACUACCUGAAGAACGUUCGUCGUCUGGAACGUAAGAGGAGUGGGUUGGAGGGUGACCCUGAGAGGAAGAAGGACAUAGUGGACAAGUACAUAGACUGUGGUUCUCAGGUGUAUGCCCCUAUGGCCCGCUUCGGGGUGUUCAUAGACAGAGGAAGCGAACAGUAUAAUAUCAAGAGCGCAUACUUGAACAGCUACGAAGGUCUUUGUGAGUUGGAGAAAUACUUGCCCGAGUUCAUUAAGAACCCAACAGUGAAAGUACCUGUGAAGAACAAGAGGGGAGGGGCUUCCAGUGGGGGAGGGGCAGGGGGCUAUCAGAAGAGGGCGGACAGACGAGACGCACAAUUGGCCGAUCUGUACGACAAGAUGAAACAGGGGUCCAUAUUGCACCAGGCCUUUCUCUCUCGGCCAAAAACUACCCCCCAGCAGCGAAGGAAAGUGGAAAAAGAGGAGAAGCCGCUUGCAUUCCUGCAGAAGGUUGAGAAGCCGGUGUCCAGACCACCCACCCCCACUGUUGUUCCAGUCUCACAGGAGGAGGAGGACGCGGAGUUGUCUACAAUCAGGCUUCAGGCGCUGAUCAGAGGGCGGGCCACUCAGAACAUGAUGCGCGAGGGAAGAGACAAACGCAUUGAACUCAUCCGCGAACUCCGAUCGACACACGCGUUGCAAGAGGCGGAGCAGAGUAUGAAACAGACGGAGUUGGAGGACACUCUGGGUCUGCAGAGGAAGAGAGUGAGACACGAGCACAAGGAGAGUGUGAUUGACAGAUAUGUGUCUGAUGCAGAGGGCGCGGCCACCGGCGACAUGAUGGACUUCCUCAGCAAGGAACUCAUCAGACUCCAGGAAGAGAGGAGGAUUCAUGCAUUCAGCAUGUUGGCUGAGAGGGAGAGGAGAGUGAGGGAGGCGGAGGAGAGUGGCAGACGACAGGUGGAAGAGAGGAGGCGCAGGGAGGAAGACGAAAUAUUCAAACAGGUGAUGAAAGUGCACCAGAAUAGUGUGAAUAGUUACUUGGAGGAUGUGAUUCUGGAGGCGGUGGACGAGACGGCCAAGGGCAGAGCGAGGGAGGAGAUCCAAGCCAUGGCCAGGAACAUCAAUGACAUUGCCUACGAGAGAGAACAUACACUUACCAACCGGGAGAGUCAAGAGGUGGUGUCUGAGAUGGUGUAUGGGUUCCUGCUUCCAGAAGUGAUGCGGGAGGCCCAGCAGAAGAGGGUGCAUCUGGCACAGAAGAAACAUCUGGUGGCUGCCCAUAAGACCAUACACAGGGAGGGAGAAAGCAUGCUCAAAUCUGUAUCCAGAGAGAUCAGUCUUGAAUCUGAGAAGGGUUCGAAGGACUCCGGAAGUCAAGCUGACGAAGAUCCCUCUCGAAGUGCUCCAGUUGUCCCGGAACCAGCAGAACCCGCAACAUCCGAGGCACCGGAGCUUCCGACAGAGGGAGAGACGCAAGAAACCACUGAGAGCACAGAGUGAAAGUGACGCCAAAAAACGGCUUCUUAUAUAUAAAUUGGCUACAAUAACUAUCGAUAAAAAAUUUCUGUAACCUUAAAAGUAAAAGAGUAAAUAUGAUUUUAAAUCUGGCAA